CAUCCCGGACCCCUGCCCCUAGCAGCCGCGGCCCGCCAGCCAGAGAGUCGCGCUCAGUCAUGCAGCUAUGGCUCGGGGUCGUUUAUCGACCUUGAUUCCUUGAACACUCGUCAGCCUCACCUUGCGUACCUUGGUCAUACCUGCCUGUAGUCUUUCCGACCCCACGAUCGGCCACGCCCAACACCAUGGACUUUGCACCCUAUCAGUCCUCGCCCCCCGAGCACGGCCGCGUCGCGUCGCCGGAUUACAACGCCGCGUCUCCACGGGCAUCGCAAGACACGCGCCGACCUUUCUCUCCGAACCUGACGCGUAGCCCGCCGCCAUUGCAGCAUCCGCAACCACAGAGGGGCUGGACAGGCUUCGAUGGGCAAGCCGGCCCAUGGUCGGGAAACGGUGGCGCGAACCAGCAAGCAUCGAGUAACCCUAUGCCAGGCGCACAUCCCAUUGCUGAGUUCAGCGAAUUCGACACAAGCCUCGGGCUGCGAUUGGACUACGAGGCAUGCUUAGCAUACUUAGCCUUCCCGCCCAUUGGAGCUAUCGUCUUGCUUAUUCUCGAACGUAACAGUGACUUCGUGAGGUUUCAUGCCUGGCAGUCAGCACUUUUGUUCACUGCGAUUCUGGUGCUGCACUUCCUAUUCGCAUGGUCGUCUUUCAUGAGCUGGCUUUUGUUCCUUGGCGACAUAGCCCUCAUUGCACUCUUGGUAAAGCGGACGUAUAGAGAUGCGGAAACAUUGGACAGGUACGAAAUGCCUUUUUUUGGAAGGUUAGCCACUAGAUUUGUGGACGAUGAAUAGGGAGCGGUCAAACUUUCAAUCUCCCGCGCAGUGAAAUUGAGGGCAUUUAGUACCGAAUCUGUCGCAAGGGCAUACCACGUUGCCGAACCGGUGCACUCUACGGCGUGCAUUGUACAUAAACCAAAUGGAAGAUUGUGACCAGCGGUGUUUGUCCAUAAGGCAUCCAAGGGCGGAUAUCAGGGUAGUACAUCGC